UGCGUCUUCGUUCCCCCCGUCAUCAUCUCGCUCGACCUGGACAAGGUGCUGGCAAUGUCCAAGCACAUGAGCAUCUCUGUAUCCCCAAACAAUGGUCCAAUCAUGAACGCUCGUGCGCGUGUGAUCGUCAGUGUAGCCGCAAACGCCCCUACUCUAGAUCAUCCUCGCAGAAUAUCCUGGCAGCGCUUUGCUCACGCGCAAGCGCGCAACAAAUGCCGAGGGGGAAAGGAGCUCCCCGGUGUCUGUCUGGAUUGAUGUACCUUCCGACUUGACGCGGAUGUUGGGAUUUAUGCAACUUACAGGGAUAACUCAAUCAUUCAAUCUCAUACUCCCCAGAUUAUUGCUGAACUCAGCCUGGUACGCAGACUCGACCCCGUGCCAAGGUUUUAUCCAGGAAGUCGACUGCCAUAUACAUCCCCUUCGUGAAGAUGCCGCGUCAGCUAUCACCUCGUGCGUCGCUCUAAUCGACAUGGCGCGCAACUCCUCCGCUCCGUCGCGCCCUUUCCCCACCCCAUAUCUCGUGCGGAUCAUUCAUCACCAAGCCCUCUCAUGCGACCUCUUGCACCCACAAAUGGCCUGGGCACCUCCAUAUCCACCCAUCGCAUCCUCCGAAAUGACUUCCCUGUCCUCGGCAUCUCAAGCAUCCUCCGAGAGUGCCUUUGAUAUCCCCUCUAUGCGCCCUCGUUAUCCCCCUACCCGCUGCAGACCUGCGUCCCCGCUACGCUUCCAGCCAUUGGAUCCGCGGACUUCGACCGCGAUUUGCGCUGCGCUGCACCGCGCAGCGGCCGAUGAGAUGACGUCCCUCCGCUAGGCUGGGCCUACUUAAGCCGUAAGGACGGUCUACAUCCCUUCAGGUCCCCGCCUCGAUAGACCACAGCGCUACGAUGUUCCACACUGUAUCGGCCACCCGCACUCUUGCUAGCGUCG